AUGUAACAAGAGCUGGUUGAUGAAGUAACCUCACCUACACACACAACAUGAGUGGCGGGAACUACAAGCUGAUCCAGAUAGGAGAGAGGGAGCAGGAGGAGAGGGAGCAGCUGCUGCCCUCUGACGAACCGAAGACACAGUGCUGCACUCCUACUCGCUUCACCAUCUCAACACUGGCGGGGCUGGUGUGUCUGCUGACUGCUGUUCUCUUCUGUCUGAUCAGGUGGCCCAUCAGGAGACCAUGGUGUGACAAUAUGGGGAGAGAGGGGGUGAUGGAACCAGGACCACAGGACACUCUACUGGGCCUCAUAUCAGACAUCCACCUCAACCUGCACCCUGACGAGUGUGUGGGCCAGUCCAGCAGUGAGUACGGCGUGUUCGGUUGUGACUCAACUCUGGGGCUCCUCAACCUCACUCUGAAGGACAUGGUUACCAAGCUGCCGGGAUCUAAAAGCAGAGUGUUGGUGAUGUUAGGGGACGCUGCACAGCACCAGCCUGCUGACACCUGGGACUACAAGGUCACUCUGGACUCCAUCAGCUCAGUCUUCAAACAGUUCCAACACCACUUCCCCUCCACUCCCGUGUUCCCGACUGUAGGGAACAACGACCUCCCCGCUCAUAACACCGUCCCUGACAUUAGCUGGUACACUUCCCUGCUGAAAAUGUUCGAGCCUGCAAUCACCAGGGGUCACAAAGUUACACUUCCUGAUAAUUUCAGGGAGAUCUUCAUGUACGGGGGGUACUACUCCGCAUUGUUCGCAGAUAAGUUCACAGUCAUUUCCCUCAACACUAACCUGUUUUCUGCUAGUGUGCAGGACCGGAGCUCUCAACGAGAAUACGCGGUCUCACACUUACAGUGGCUCAGCGACACUCUUGACGCAGUGACCGGCAGAGUGGUCAUCAUCGGCCACAUUCCCCCUACCUUGUCAUUGUACGCCUUGUACCACAACAAGGUGGCCAAGGUUUCCUGGAGGCUGGAAUAUUUCGAGAACUUCAGAGAGAUCUACCGGAGACACCAUGAGAAGGUUAUUGCCAUGUUAUUUGGGCACGAGCACCAGGACACGUUUGUUGUGGAGAGGAACUCUGGCGUUGACAUGGCAACCUUCACCUUCCCCAGUGUCUCCCCCAUAUACAGUGGCCAACCAUCUUAUGGCAUUGCAGUCAUUCAGAACCAUGGUAACGAGAGGAAACUGAAGGACAUCUUUACUUAUCAUACUUGGCUAGAUUAUUAUACAAGACUUAGAAUUGAGCCUAAAUUCUUAACCUACCGGUCAUUCGGACAAAUCUUUCGUCUCAAUGAACUUACCCCCGAGGGUCUGUUCAAUAAAACUAAAAACAUUAUCGAGGAAUCAGACGGAAUGAGGUCGUUCAUGGCUGUAAAGGGUAAAGUUUACCAGGAGAGAGCAGUACCCAUGAUUAGUCCCCAUUUGUAUUAUUGUUAUACCACCAAUUUCAAUAUUGCGGCGUUUCGUUCAGUGUAUAGAAAGUUUUGGUUACGACGGUAAACCGUACAUUGUUAAUUCGUGAUUGUGGAAAUAUAAUUGAGUUGAUUGAGAAUACUGUUUUAUAA